ACAAUCAAAACAAUGUAUAGGUAGCAAGAUGAUUAAUUAAUAAUACAUAGACAGACUCGUUUCUUCACAGUCUCGUUUGCAGGAAAAGUUCUAACUUUUGUCGAGCCUUUACAAAUUAAUUCUUUUUGUACCGAAGGAUACAAAAUGGUACUCUGUAAAUUUUUUCAACAGGGUAAUUGCCGUUUUGGUCAAUAUUGCAAAUUCGAGCACGCUUUCGGUAAUCGAAGCAAAACAUUUAAUGAUGAAAAGAGUACUGCCUUAAUGGUUGCCGAAGAAGUUCUUAUAGCUGAAAGAGGAGGACAAUGGUUAUUGUCAUGUUAUGGACCGUUCAAAGAAAAAAAAAGUAUUCCUGAAAUGCAUGAUGUUUCACCCGAAGAAGUUAGAUGGAAUAUGUAUCAAGCUCGUAAAGCUGGUACAGUAGAUCAAACAAAUGCAUCGUUUCAACAGAUGUGCGAGGCAAUGAAAGCUAAGCGAGAGGCUUUAAAAAAUCCAACGCCACAGAUUGUUCAAAUGUUGGAACAAUUGCAAAACUCAGGAUCUGAAAAUAACAAUAAUUUUGGAUCUACAUCUUCUACUUCUUCUUCUGCUAAUAAUGUAUUUGGCCAAAAAACUCAUGGAACUCAAAGCAAUCCCUUUGGUGGUAGUUCCGCCUUUAGUGCAUCAACAGUUUCAUCAUCAAUUUUUGGAAAAUCCAGUGCAAAUAGUACAAAUUCUGUAUUUGGGAGCAAAUCAACUUUUGGAGGUUCAUCAUCGUUUAGUGGACCUUCUACAUCUAUUUUUGGGGGUUCUGCUAAAAGUUCCACAGUCUUUGGUGCUGUACAAAAUACAUCAUCAUUUGGUGGACUAGCCUCUCCAGCUCAAACUAGCUCAAUAUUUGGUGGUUCAAGUACAACACAAAAUUCAGGUUUUGGUCAGUCAGCUGCUUUUGGAGCAGCAGCGGCAGGUACUACCAGCCAAACAAAUGUAUUUGGACAGCCUCAAAAUUCACAAGUAUUUGGAUCAGUAGCACCUAGUAAUGUAUUUGGAAGCAGUACCCAGACCAGUGGUUCUAUUUUUGGAGGUUCUACUGCAUCAACAGCAUCUGCAGCUCCUAGUUCAAAUGUCUUUGGACAAUCUGCAACCACUGGUUCAGCAUUUGGCAGUGCUCCAACUUUUGGUGGAGGAGCCACAUUUGGUAGUCCUCAACCCAAUACUUCAGUAUUUGGCAGUCAAUCUACUUUUGGCAGCACAAAUCCAACAACUGUUAAUAACGUUUUUGGUGGACAAAAUUCAGGAGCAACUAAUAGUUUUGGUCCUGUUACACAAAAUGUUUCUUCUAAUACAUUUGGAACACCAACUCAAAAUACCAAUACUUUCCAAUCUUCAGCUUCGCCAUUUGGUGUAGCAGCUCAAAGUGCUACACCUUUUGGAACUGUUACAGAAAAUUCUAUGUUUACUACUGCCACACCAGCAUCCCAGCCAUUCGGUAGCAGUAAUACUUUUUCCCAGGCAGAUAAUGCUUUUGCUGGUGUCUCAUCAGCAACCAACGUUUUUAGCAAUCAAAAUUCUACGACCACACCAUCUUCAACUCCAUUUGGUGCAUCAGCAUUUGCUCAAAACCAACAAAUUGGAACAAAUAAUGUAUUUUCUAAAAAUUCUUCCCCAUUCAGUGGAGCUCCAAUCAAUCAGCCUAGUCCAUUUGGGGGAUUUUCUUCUCAACAAGCUAAUACAAAUGUUUUCGGAGUUUCGGUCACAGUAAAUGUAGAUUCUACUGCUUACACCCCUGAGGACUGCUUGACUGAUGAUGAAAAAGCUGCUUAUAUGGGCGAUACAUUUUUAGAAGGACAAGUUCCUCUUAAGCCCCCUUCAAUGGAACUUAAAUAAGAAAAUAUUUAAAUAAUUUAGUUUUCUAACAAAGUGUAUUAUUAAUUAACAUUGAUAAAUUAGGAAAACUCGUACCAAGUAAUUUAAUUAAGAAUAUUAGGAAUUUAAAUCCUUAUAUUUAUUCUUAUACUUAAUUCAUUCAUAAACUUUUGUAAAUAUGAACUUAAAGUUGUACAAAAAAUUGUAGCAUUUCAAUGUUGUUCUCUACUUGCCUCAAGUAAAAGAAAUUAUCUAUUAAGUUUUCUCAAUCUACAUGACAUUUAUACUGGGGCUCAAAAUGUGAAAUUUUCAUUGCAAUGUUACAAGUCAAUCUUAAUAAUUUGUUGUUAAUAAUGAAAAAGUUGUAAAUAAUUGUAUUUACUUUUCAUCAAAAUAAAGCAUAUAUUAUA